UGGCGCGGCUCGAGCCGCCGCCGCACUGACAGCUCGGUCUGCGGACCAUGGAGACUGGCGUCGGCCCACAUCCGCUGCGCCUGUUCAUCUGCCUGAUGCCGCUCUGUCUCGCCUUGCUUUUGGGACCAGGGAGGCCCGGGACCGCCGAGGAAGUCACCCUCCUGGAUUCCAAAGCCUCCCAGGCUGAUCUGGGCUGGACUGCACUGCCGAGUAAUGGGUGGGAGGAGAUCAGCGGCGUGGACGAGCACGACCGUCCCAUCCGCACCUACCAGGUGUGCAACGUGCUGGAGCCCAACCAGGACAACUGGUUGCAGACUGGCUGGAUCAGCCGCGGGCGCGGGCAGCGCAUCUUCGUGGAGCUGCAGUUCACACUGCGCGACUGCAGCAGCAUCCCUGGAGCCGCCGGCACUUGCAAGGAGACUUUCAACGUCUACUAUCUGGAAACCGAGGCCGAUCUGGGCCGUGGGCAUCCCCGCCCAGGCGGCAGCCGGCCCCGCAAGAUCGACACGAUCGCGGCGGACGAGAGCUUCACGCAGGGCGACCUGGGCGAGCGCAAGAUGAAGCUGAACACAGAGGUGCGAGAGAUCGGUCCGCUGAGCCGGCGGGGUUUCCACCUGGCCUUCCAGGACGUGGGCGCAUGCGUGGCGCUGGUCUCUGUGCGCGUCUACUACAAGCAGUGCCGCGCUAUAGUGCGGGGUCUGGCGGCGUUCCCAGCCACCGCAGCCGAGAGCGCAUUCUCCACGCUGGUGGAGGUGACCGGAACAUGCGUGGCGCACUCAGAAGGGGAGCCCGGCAGCCCCCCGCGCAUGCACUGCGGCGCCGAUGGUGAGUGGCUUGUGCCCGUGGGCCGCUGCAGCUGCAGUGCGGGAUUCCAGGAACGUGGUGACAUCUGUGAAGCCUGUCCCCCAGGGUUUUACAAGGUGUCCCCGCGGCGGCCCCUUUGCUCGCCGUGCCCGGAGCACAGCCGGGCCCUGGAAAACGCGUCCACGUUCUGCGUGUGCCAGGACAGCUACGCGCGCUCGCCCAGCGACCCGCCCUCGGCGUCCUGCACCCGGCCGCCGUCGGCGCCGCGGGACUUGCAGUACAGCUUGAGCCGCUCGCCGCUGGCGCUGCGGCUGCGCUGGCUGCCUCCGGCCGACUCGGGCGGCCGCUCGGACGUCACCUACUCGCUGCUGUGCCUGCGCUGCGGCCGCGAGGGCCCGGCGGGCGCGUGCGAGCCGUGCGGGCCGCGCGUGGCCUUCGUGCCGCGCCAGGCAGGGCUGCGGGAGCGCGCCGCCACACUGCUGCAUCUGCGGCCCGGCGCGCGCUACACCGUGCGCGUAGCCGCGCUCAACGGAGUGUCGGGUCCGGAGGCCGCCGCGGGAACCACCUACGCGCAGGUCACCGUCUCCACCGGCGCCGGGGCACCAUGGGAGGAGGAUGAGAUCCGCAGGGACCGAGUGGAGCCCCAGAGUGUGUCCCUGUCAUGGCGGGAGCCCAUCCCCGCUGGAGUCCCUGGGGCCAACGGCACGGAGUAUGAGAUCAGAUACUAUGAGAAGGGUCAGAGUGAGCAGACUUACUCCACGGUGAAGACAGGGGAGCCUGCGGUCACCGUCACCAACCUCAAGCCGGCUACCCGCUACGUCUUUCAGAUCCGGGCGGCUUCCCCGGGGCCCUCCUGGGAGACCCAGAGCUUCAACCCCAGCAUUGAAGUGCAGACCCUGGGGGAGGCUGCCUCGGGGUCCAAGGACCAGAGCCCCGCGGUCGUCGUCACCAUUGUGACCAUCUCAGCCCUCCUCGUCCUGGGCUCUGUGAUGAGCGUGCUGGCCAUUUGGAGGAGGACCUGCAGCUAUGGCAAAGGAGGUCGGGAUGCCCAUGAUGAGGAGGAGCUGUAUUUCCACUUCAAAGUCCCAACUCGCCGCACAUUCGUGGAUCCCCAGAGCUGUGGGGACCCGCUGCUGGCUGUUCAUCUGUUUGCCAAGGAGUUGGAUGCGAAAAGCGUCACGCUGGAGAGGAGCCUUGGAACAGGGCGGUUUGGGGAGCUGUGCUUCGGCUACCUGCAGCUUCCGGGCCGCCAGGAGCUCCCCGUGGCCGUGCACACGCUGAGGGAGGGCUGCUCCGACUUGCAGAGGCUCAGCUUCCUGGCCGAGGCCCUCACCUUGGGCCAGUUCGACCACAGCCAUGUGGUGCGGCUGGAGGGUGUUGUCACCCGAGGAAGCACCUUGAUGAUCGUUACUGAGUACAUGAGCCAUGGGGCCCUGGACGGCUUCCUCAGGCGGCGUGAGGGCCAGCUGGCGGCUGUGCAGGUGAUGGGGAUGCUGCCCGGCCUGGCGUCGGCCAUGAAGUAUCUGUCGGAAAUGGGCUACGUCCACCGGGGCCUGGCGGCCCGCCGGGUGCUGGUCAGCAGCGACUUCAUCUGCAAGAUCUCCGGCUUUGGGCGGGGACCUCGGGACCGAGCAGAAGCUGUCUACACCACCAUGAGCGGCCGGAGCCCGGCACUGUGGGCCGCCCCCGAGACGCUUCAGUUUGGCCACUUCAGCUCCGCCAGUGAUGUUUGGAGCUUCGGUGUCGUCAUGUGGGAGGUGAUGGCCUUUGGGGAGCGGCCCUACUGGGACAUGUCUGGCCAAGACGUGAUCAAAGCCGUGGAGGAUGGCUUCCGGCUGCCACCCCCCAGGCACUGCCCCUCCCCCCUGCACCGCCUGAUGCUUGACUGCUGGCAGAAGGACCCAGGUGAGCGGCCCAGGUUUUGCCAGAUCCAUGGCCUCCUGAGCAAGAUGGUGCAGGAUCCAGAACCCCCGAAGUGUGCCGACACUACCUGUGCCAGGUACAGCUGUCACCUCGCUUGUCCCAGGCCUCCCACGCCCCUGGCGGACCGUGCCUUCUCCACCUUCCCCUCCUUUGGCUCCGUGGGCGCGUGGCUGGAGGCCCUGGACCUGGGCCGCUACAAGGACAGCUUUGCUGCCGCCGGCUAUGGGAGCCUGGAGGCUGUGGCCGCCAUGACGGCCCAGGACCUGGUGAGCCUGGGCAUCUCAUCGGUGGAACACCGGGAGGACCUCCUCAGCGGGAUCAGUGCCCUGCGGGCCCGGGUACUCCAGCUGCAGGGCCGGGGGGUGCAGGUGUGAGCGGCCCCACUCUUCCAGGCCAGGACCCCAGGGGGCUCCAGCCCCCAGCCUUGCCCAGGACCCCCGCCAGCUGCACUCCACCCGUGCGGAAGUGAGCUCCCAGAGCUUGUGUGGAGCCCCGGUUUCCUCCAUUUCCCUGCCUUCUCCCCCCAUUUCCCCCAGUCUGAGCACCUUGGCUGACUCGGUCCCCCUGGAAAAAAGGUUCAAAACCUGGGGAGGAUCCCUGAGAUAACAGUGGGAGGAAAUGCAGCAUCUCAGAGACCAAGGUGGGCAGGGGCAGGGAGGAAGACAUAGCUUUAAAUGGCCCGAUUCAUGCCCUUCUGUCUUCCAUACCCACUGGGGUCUGGGGCCUACUCCAAAGGGUGCCCCACUUUCCCACAGACCAUUGGCCAGCAGGCAGCACAGGUCCCUGAUGGAUGGGCUCCUGUCAGUGCCCACAGCUGCCUGGCCGCCAAUCCUGAUGGGCCAUGGGGCCUCAGUUCCCCGUAUUCCAGCUGGGCCCUGUCUGGACACUGGUCCCGAGGCCCAGGCAGGCAAAGGUGGUGCUGAGCUCAGGGGCUGGACCCCGAGGGCCCCGGACUUAGGAGCUGAUUUCUGCUUCCCCCACACUUGAGCUGACCAUUCAGGGUGAGGGUGAGGGUUCCGGUGUUCCCCUGAGGCCCCACUAGGUGCCCCCCACCCCCUUUGCUUUCCUUUUAUAAACUCACCGGCCAGGACAUCUGGGAAGAGCAUGAGGAGAGUAGUUUUCUCCCUGGGGCCCCAAGAGCUUUGCUCCCCAGACUUGGGGGAUGAAGACAUGACUCUCAGAGACGGAGCUUCUCUCUCUAACAGGCCUGUCCAACCCUUACCGUACAGGUGGGGAAAACAAGACCUAGUGAGGGGUCAGGGCCAGAGCUGGGGUUGAACCCAUGUGCCCAACUCCCGAUCCAGAGCCGAGGCUGGCUCUGGAGAGAGUCAUUGGUCCUGCCCUGUGUCACCAACACUCUUUCCUGAGGCAGCCCAGGGGUACUCUGAGGUGACCCCCUCUUGCAGCAGGCUCCAUCCCCUGCACCCAGCCUCCCGUGGAGCACCUCCUCCCUCUGGCCCCUUUUCUGUGGGGCUUUGGCAGAAAUAGUUGCACUGAGCUGAGUCCAGAGUUCCUUAUCCAGGAAGGCUUCCCAGAGGCGGGGGUGAUCAUGAGGGCCAGGGCUUUCGUGGCACAGAAUGAAGGCAACUGGGUCUGGAUAGGGUCACCCCUGACCUAUGCCUGCUGUGGUUUGGCUGUGUGUGUGUCGGGUGGGAUGGGGUGGGAAGGAGACAAGGGCUACAGGAAGGGGUGAAGGAGACACAGCCGGCCCUUGGAGGGCCCAGACGAGGCGGGGAGGUGAACUCAGGCUCCAAGAACUACUACACGUCCCCCACGGGAGACCUUAGGGCCUGUGGGCCGGACACUCCUGAUGUGUGUAUAUGGAGGGGUGUCUGGAAAGGUUCCUUCGCUGAGAGUCUGAUGCAUCCAUUGAACAGGAGGAGCGGGGGGAGGGCUCUUUCCUUAGGGUUGGUGGAGUUUUCCGCUGGCCAAGACGGAGGGCCUAGGACAAGAGGAAUCCAAGCAGAGGGGCCAGCAUGAGAAGGAGCCUGGACGGUGGGAGAUGCAGCACAUCUUUGGGGAGUGCUCCGUGGUGGGGGACGGUGCCUCUCAGCAGUGCCUUUGGCCUCAUUCUGCCAGCAGGGCAGGCGUCCCCCCACCCCCGCUGUCCAUCUCCUGAGCACCUGCCCCAGCUCAGUGUCCUGGGGGGUGCUAGGGGAGGCCGAGAUAUUUCUUCUACCUUUGACAGAGCUGGAGGGUCCCUUGCCGGUGCCCUCCAGGCCCUGCCCCGUGGGAAGUCUGGAAAGGACAUACCAGCAUCCUGUGGAGGGAGCCUCAUUCCCAUCUCCAGCCUCAUCAGUCAUGCCCUGAAGGUCAGAGUCCCCUCCUCCUCCCCCCGCUGUUCUGCAGAGUCCCCUGGCUGUGUUGGCAGGAAUUUGGUGUCCAGGGUAGACCUCCCUUCCACUGAGGAGUGAGGUCCCAGCAUCCUGAUGGGUCCCAGGCCUCAGCCCUGCACAGGUGCCGGCAAGAUGCAGGCUGAUGGCUCCCUGGGAGCCCUCUACAGAUCUAUUUUUAUAUGGACCUUAUUCACUGGAUAGAGGUGGCCUGCAACCCCCCAGCACCCAUAUCUGAGCCCAUCCAGGGAGGGAAGGGGCUGGUUGGUGGGGGGGGGGAGUGGUCCCUUUGACUAAUUCUGGAGGUGUUUUUAUAGUUCUUGGGUUCUAUAUGCAGGACAAAGUAAUAAAAACUUGUCUGGUAUGGUGCCUCUGUCAGUGACAGUUGCUUAACUGUUAAGUAACUUGUGUGGGAGGGUUUUGCCCCCCCUGCCCCACCACAGGGGUCUCCAAAGUGUGUGUCUGAGAUCUCUGGGCAAGAGACACAUUUAGGAAAUAGAUGACAGGACAGUGUGAUCAGGGUUUACCCUAGGGGCGAGCACUGGGUGGCUUCCCCGAGGGGGCAACACUCCGUGGCGGUGCCAUUGCCGGAGAUGGACCACGUAAGGGGAGGGGGAGCAGGUUAAGCAGCGAUGUGGGAAAUGACGAGCUCGGUUUUGGACCAGGCUGCAAUGUGUGUCUGACACUGUGAAUAAACGAUGCUUAGGUGAUGUCCUA